UGCAGCAGAUCAGAGAGAGAUGGAGAAGAAGAGAAGUAGCCAUGCUUCUUUUUUAGUGUACACACUUCUCACUUGCUUGAUUUCUCAGAACCUUAUAAUCCCUGUGAUAUCCACCACCAUUGAAGGCCAGAAAAACCACUACUCUCCACACCCUCAUUCAGGAAGUCCUCCCGCAAGUCUCUCUAGUUCUCUGUGCUCACACAGGAGGUCACCAUGUCAUGGUUCUGGAGGUGGCCAUCAUGGAGGCUCGUCACCUUCUCAUCAUGGAACCCCAUCACACGGCGGAGGUGGAAGUUGUAACCCAAGCCCUUCGCCACCCUCCAGCGGGAACUGUGACGGUGGAUCACCCCCAUAUGAACCUUCUCCGACGACCCCAACAACGCCGUCAACACCGUCAACUCCAUCAACCCCGUCAACCCCAACCACACCAUCAAACCCACCAUCAGGAGGCGGUGGUUACUAUAACUCACCACCACCAACACCAUCUUAUGACGGCAAUAGUCCCCCAACGCCAUCUUAUGAUGGCAAUAGCCCCCCAACACCAUCUUCCGACGGUAGUAGUCCCCCAUCGCCAUCUUGCGACGGUAAUAGCCCCCCAACACCAUCAGGAGGCGGGGGUUACUAUAACUCACCACCACCAUCCCCAACUUACGAUGGUAAUAGCCCCCCAACACCACCCUACGACGGCAAUAGCCCCCAACACCCUACGAUGCUCACCACCACCAUCCCAACUUACGACGGUAAUAGCCCCCCAACACCAUCCUACGACGGCAAUAGCCCCCCAACACCAUCCUACGACGGUAAUAGCCCCCCAACACCGUCAGGAGGCGGUGGUUACUAUAACUCACCACCAACAACACCAUCUUACGGAGGAAACAGCCCUCCUAACUCCAUCAGUGUGAGCCCACCAACCACCCCAAUUGAUCCAGGCACACCACCUUAUCUUCCUUCGCCUUCUCCCUUCACUGGCACCUGCAACUACUGGAGGAACCACCCAGGAAUCAUAUGGGGAUUGCUAGGAUGGUGGGGAACCUUAGGAAGUGCCUUCGGAGUUACUAACGUUCCAGGGUUGGGAACCAGUCUGAGUUUGCCAGAAUCACUUUCCAACACAAGAAAUGAUGGGUUUGGAGCUCUUUACAGAGAAGGCACAGCUUCUUUCCUUAACUCCUUGGUGAACAACAAGUUCCCUUACACAACCAAACAAGUAAGGGACAGAUUUGCAGCUUCACUUAGCUCAAACAAGGCUGCCGCAGCACAAGCUCAACUUUUCAGAAUGGCUAACGAGGGACGGAUGAAGCCACGUGUCUGA